AUGGCCUCACGUCGCGAAGGGGAGGGUCAGCUGCCCGACGCCAGGACGCGGGGAGACGCGGGGCUCGACAGCCCCGACUCCGGGCUGCCCCCCAGCCCCGGACCCGCCCACCCGCACUGGCCGCUGUCCGCUGGGAGCCCCGAGCGCGCCGCGCACAACGGACUGCCGGAGCCCGAGCCCCCCGCGUCCGCCUCCGCGGUUGCGAAUUCCACGUUCUCUCCCAGCCCUGCUCUCUCCAGCUGCCCUCCGAGACUGUGUCCUUUAUCCUUUGGCGAAGGCGUUGAGUUUGACCCUUUACCACCGAAGGAAAUAAGGUACACCUCCUCGGUUAAGUACGACUCGGAGAAGCACUUCAUCGACGACGUCUACAUGCCGGUGGGCUUAAGCGUUUCCUCCUGCAGCCAAACCAUCGUCUGCGUCCCCGACUGCACGUGGCGCAGCUACAAAGCGGAGGUGCGCUUCGAGCCCCGCAACAAACCCCAGCGCUUCACCAGCACCACCAUCGUCUACCCGAAGCACGCCAAGACUGUGUACACCACCACGCUGGAUUACAACUGCCGCAAAUCCCUGCGGCGCUUCCUCUCCAGCGUGGAGCUGGAAACCUCCGAGUACCUCGGGAGCGACUGCGUCCUGGAUGGCUGCUGACCGGCGCCCGUUCCCCUCGCUCCGAUCCGUCCCGCUCCCGUCUCGCCGCGCUCUCGCUCUCCGUUCGCCGCGGUGGGUGCAGGCCCCACCUUUGCAGUCCCCACCUCUUGCUCAGCUCCUCCUAUUCCUGCUUUAAGAGUCAGAGCGGCCCGAACGCGGUCGUCAGUGGGAACGUGGCUUAGUGAGGAAUUUCUUCGCCGUUUUCAGUCGUGGGUUCCCUCCCCUACCCCGCAGUGCAGCUGUCAGAUGGAAAGAAGGGGAAACGUUUUCCCGGAGAAAAAACUACUAGAAUGGGGAGUAGCGUUGGGCAGGGGGAAGUGGCCUGGGUGCUCUGUGGGGAUGUGCAAAGAUAAGGGCAGUUCACUCUUGCAGACAAACCACCAGGUCCCCGGAUUACGUACAGACAGAGCUGUCAUUCGUUUUGGUUCAGAUCAUGGGACUGUCCUCGGGAAGGACGGUCCCCUGGCAUCUGCUGGAAAGAACUCAUAGAAAGUCUGGGUUGCUGUACUCAACAGAUACAAAAUGCCACCCGAUGGCAUUCAGGUCUGGUAGGAAGUGGUGAUUUGGAAAGAAGCGUAGAGCAGGAGAGAAACUGCUGGUGCAGCUCCAGGCAGCGGAGAAGGAAUCAGGAUGGGGCAGCGCUUGUGGGUCUUGGGGCUGGAGGGGACCCCUGCAACGUGAGGCAGGAGAGCUGCGGGGCCAAAGGGAACAAGCUCAGGUGCAAUGGCAGCUCUCGACCUGCGUCUAACGAGGGUUCAGUGGGUGAGAGACUCAGGAGCCUGUUCUGCAGCCGUGCUUACGGUGUGUACGCGCACGUGGGGUGAGCGGUGUGGAAGUGCAGGGAAGCGGGCGUGAGUUGGCGCGCUGCGUUUUGUGGUCGUCCUUUUGGUUUUGUACUUAUUUAUUCGCUCGGAACAGAACGUCUUUCAUCUUCGCUCCAGAUCACCAAGCCCCCAAACAGCUCCAGGGUGACGCAGGGCGCCACGUUCAGGUGGGCUCAGCUCCAGGAUGAAGAGCGGCGCGGCCUUGUCGCUAAACACAUCGGCUUUGGAUGACAGCAUUUGGGGGGUGCAUCUUAAAUCCCCACCACGAUGGUCCCUUAAACGUGACCCCAGGGUCCCCUUGUGUACGAGGUGGCACCACCCAGCCCUCGGGGUGGGAUUUGGGAUGGACAGAGCAGGCACAGGGAGCUACGUGUCCCCGCGGGACGCGGUGCAGGGCUGCUCCAGCGGCGCUCUUCCCAUGAGUGUCUUUGCAGGAGAUGGGAGAGGAGAUGAUUUUAACCUGUAACCGUGAAUGACCCCUAAUUAAAUUAGAAACGGAACGACCCUUACAGCGUGGCCGCAGGUUAGAGCAACCCGGUUUGUGUGAAGCAAACCGAACGACGUGCCCUUGUAAUGGAUUUUAAUUGGUAGAGGUGCCUUUUACAUUAUUUAUGUCCCGACAUCUGCAAAGCUCUGAUCAGCAAUGUGCGAGUGUUCUGAUGGCUGCGGAGUUUGCCUCCCCCUCUCAUUUUCAGUUGUCUUUUACUUCACCGAUAAUAAACCAUCUGAAAAGCG